ACCAGUGGAACAAAGACAUACUAAAGCAUCACAGAGUUAACAAGCUAUACGGUAGCCGAAUAAUGCCAAACAUAUUUGGUGUUACUGCGUUUCCUGAUAGGAAAAGUGUUGUUUCGGCUUUUAUGUUCUAAUACAUUUUCUGUAUGCAUUUUUGUUUCAGGCUCCUCUUUAGAGGUGAUUUUAGUUUAAUGGUAUCCUUUACACUUAUUUCGGUUAUAUUUUAUUACAUUUUCCCCUUGACGUUUUCAUCGUCUGUCCAUUGCUCAGUCCCCUGUUUACCAAGAUAGGUGACUCGGCCUCAAAGAUGUCGAACAGAGUAGUUUACCGGGAAGCGACUCACGCUGGGAGCUGGUAUACUGCUUCAGGACCACAGUUAAAUACACAGCUGGAAGCCUGGCUUUCUUUGCCACAGCCUACAAAGAGGCCUGCUAGAGCCAUCAUUGCACCACAUGCAGGAUACACUUACUGUGGUUCUUGUGCAGCCCAUGCGUACAAACAGGUGGAUCCUCAGAUUACGCGAAGAGUUUUUAUUCUUGGACCUUCUCAUCAUGUACCCCUCUCACGCUGUGGACUUACACCUGCUGAUGUAUAUAGAACACCUUUAUAUGAUCUUCAUAUUGAUCAGAAAGUUUAUGGGGAACUUUGGAAGACAGGAAUGUUUGAACGCGUUACUUUGACGAUAGAUGAAGAUGAACACAGUAUUGAAAUGCAUUUGCCUUAUAUUGCAAAAGCCAUGGAAAGCCAUAAAGAUGAGUUUACAAUUGUUCCUGUAUUGGUUGGAGCACUUAACGAAACAAAAGAGCAAGAGUUUGGGAAGAUCUUCAGUAAAUACUUGUCUGACCCUAGCAACCUCUUUGUGAUAUCUUCUGAUUUUUGUCAUUGGGGCCAGCGAUUUCGUUACACUUACUAUGAUGAAACUCAAGGCGAAAUCUACAGAUCUAUUGAGCAUCUAGAUAAAAUGGGAAUGAGCAUUGUAGAACAACUAGAUCCUGUAUCUUUUACUAACUAUUUGAAAAAAUACCACAAUACGAUAUGUGGACGUCAUCCCAUUGGAGUAUUAUUACAUGCUAUCUUGGAGCUGAAGAAGAGUGGGAUGAAUGUGAAUUUUUCAUUUCUGAAUUAUACCCAAUCAAGUCAGUGCCGAAAUUGGCAGGACAGCUCAGUGAGUUAUGCGGCAGGAGUGUUGACAGUCCACUGAACUUCAAAUACUCAGGAUGCCACCUGCACUCUUCCCCUGCCUCAGCCUAGCCCUAAAAUGAUACAAUUGCUGGUUGUUGGGUAUACUUAAACCUGGAACUGCAAAGCCCUCUCUGUCACAAGUAUAGUGUCUUCUAGCCUGAGAUGCAAAAAGGUUUUCUUGAGUGAUAAAGAGAUGAGAAGGAAGGUUAGUUUUAAGAAGUGUGGAAUGAUGAUGGAUCAGGAGGUGUGAUGCACAGUCUUCAGGAAGUAUUCACCCAGGGCAUAUGAAAAGAAUUUAUGUAAAAUUUGCACUGAACAGACCUGUGCAUAUGUACUCUGCUUGCAGAUUAGUUUUGCAGGACAAAAAAAAAACUGGCAAAAGGGUGGAAGAAUUUUUCUUUAGAAAAAAAAUACAUUUAUAAGUUAUCCUAUAUAUUCUGGUAGACAAUGAAACAGAGAGUAGUUGGUUAACUGACGCAUUGUACUGCAGAUACCUUCAGAUUUUGUUGCUAAUAAAGGGCUACAGAAACCAAAAGAAAUGUCCUAGUUCAGAAUUGCUGCUUUGUAAUGUACCAAAACUGUUGGUUUUUCUUCCCCAGAAUUUGUUAAUUAAAGCUUUCUCUUGAAAAA